AUGUCCUCCUCAGGGCUGGAUAUUUCUCAGCUGUCUGACAGCGAGAAGUCUGCUCUUGAGACCUACAUUGCCGUAACAGGACAGGAGCCAUCGGAGGCGAUCCCAUUGCUGCGCCGGUCCGAAUGGAAUGUGCAGAUUGCCAUCUCUAAGUUCUUUGACGGGGAAGCGCCGGAUCCUCUAGAAGAAGCUCGUGCCGCUCUCAACAACCCGCCGCCCCCCCGACCUAGCCGUCAAACCCAGAAUCUUAUGAGCGAUGACCUGACCGCGCGAUUCUCUCCGGCAGCUCAAACUUCUGAACCGGCCCCUCAUAUUACCACUCAGCCCGAAGACCAGACUGCCUACCGGCCUCCUUUCUUACUUGCUCUACUAUUCACUCCGUUCAACCUCAUAUACCGGCUACUCUGCGGCUCCUUUCGACUCUUCAGCACGUUAUUCCCGUUCUUACCUCGGCUGCUGAAUACCACCGUCAACCCAGCUUUGCAGAGUGCACGGCGGAAUACCACCGGGCGCCGGGCUCUGGGACCCCAGGAUACGGCCGCCCGGUUCAUCCGAGAGUUUGAAGAGGAAUACCGGUCGAACUCGAUUGGAUUCUUGGAAAAUGGAUACAAUAUGGCGUUGGAAAAAGCCCAUCGGGAUUUGAAGUUUCUCCUUGUGGUUCUUUUGUCCCCUGAGCAUGACGAUACGAACCGCUGGGUACGGGACACGUUGCUCUCGCCGGAGGUCACCGAGUUCGUCAAUGACCCCCAGAAUGAUGUGCUUGUGUGGGGAGGCAACGUGCAGGACUCUGAGGCCUACCAAGUGUCUAAUUCUCUCCGGUGCACCAAGUUCCCCUUUGCGGCUGCCAUUGUUCAUACCCCGAAUGUGUCCUCGACUGCUAUGUCCGUGGUCUGUAGGAUCUCCGGACUGACGUCACCGUCUGAGUUCGUGGAGAAGCUCCGGACCGCUAUCACACAGCACAAAGAGGCUCUGGAGCGCCUUCGGGCCUCGCGCGCCGAGCAACAAGCCUCGCGCAGCCUUCGAGAGCAACAAGAUUCAGCCUACGAGCGAUCGCUGGCUAUUGAUCGGGAGCGUGCCCGACAACGGCGGGAAGCGGAGGCCGCUCAGCAACGGGCCGAACAAGAGGCGGCCGAUCGCCAAGCGGCCGAGGAGAAGCGGAUCCGUGAUCUUCAGCAAUGGAAGCAGUGGCGGGCGCAGUCGAUCCAAGACGAGCCCGGCGCGGAUGUCAAGGACGCGAUUCGCAUCAGCAUCCGGCUACCAUCCGGUGAACGAGUUAUUCGCAAAUUCGCGCCCGAGGCCGAUCUCGAGGAGCUCUACGCCUUUGUCGAGUGCUACGAGGUCUUGCAAGAGGCACAGGGGCAGGAGAAGCCGGUUGGGGCGGAGAAGCCCGACGGCUUUGCGCAUCAAUAUGGAUUCCGACUGGUGUCUCCGAUGCCACGGACGGUGUAUGAAGUUGCCGCUGGGGGGACUAUUCGCGACAAGAUUGGGCGUGGAGGAAAUCUUCUCGUUGAGCCGAUUGAGGAUGACAGCGACGAGGAGGAACCAUGA